CCAGCUUCCCCUUCCCCUUCUCGCUCACUUUCCUAAUUAUUCUUGCUAGUUAAUCUUCUCUAAAGCCCUUCCUGUGCACAAGCUAGCAGAAGGCUCUGCGUUCAGGUUCACCACUCAUGAUUUCUACCUAGCUUACCUGGUAAUUGCUAGCUUGACCCUCGUCUUAGUUAUUAAAUUCUUCUGGUUACAUGUAAUAGUACUCUUAGAUCUCGAUUCUUCUUCUUGAUGUGUGGUACACAUAUAGAAGAAGACUUCAUUUCUUGCCGUUUCUUCAAGCUCGAGAUAAUUUCUAGCUAAAUACAAAUCAUCUACAGUUCCAUAGACUCUGCUCCUUCACUGAAAUAUUCUUUGUACUUGAUGGUCUUCUCCAUUCUAACUUGGUUCUUUCCCCUUUGAUUCCCAAAGUUCUAAUGGCAUAGGAAACCGCGUGUAGGUGUAGCUCCAAGCAAGCGCACAGACCUCUAUAUAUGCUUAGUACAAGCACCAAAUCCUCUCCUCAAACGGCUCAACGUGUACGAGCUCUGCCUCCCUGCGAUUUUCUAAUCAUCGCCGCUGCCUCGCUGGGUUGGGGCUGUUCCUUGACGUCGGCGCGCCGAGGUCACGGCUGUGGCCGGGGAGCUUCCCGACGCCGUCGUCCAAGAUCUCGCUUGGCAACCUCAACAGCACGAGCUGCAUGGAGCAGCUGCUGGUGCACUGCGCCAACGCCAUCGAGGCCAACGACGCCACGCUCACGCAGCAGAUCCUGUGGGUGCUCAACAACAUCGCGCCGCCGGAUGGGGACUCCAACCAGCGGCUCACGGCGGCGUUCCUCUGCGCGCUCGUCGCACGCGCGUCCAGGACCGGGGCGUGCAAGGCAGUCACAGCGGCCGUCGCGGCCGCGGUCGAGUCGUCUGCGCUCCACCUGCACCGGUUCACGGCCGUCGAGCUCGCCAGCUUCAUCGACCUCACGCCGUGGCACCGGUUUGGAUACACCGCCGCCAACGCCGCCAUCCUGGAGGCAGUGGAGGGCUUCCCCGUCGUGCACAUCGUCGACCUCAGCACGACGCACAGCAUGCAGAUCCCGACGCUCAUCGACAUGCUCGCGAGCCGCGCCGAGGGUCCCCCGAUCCUCCGGCUCACCGUCGCCCACGUCGCGUCCAGCGCGCCUCCGCCCGCCCUCGACAUGUCCUACGAGGAGCUCGGCGCGAAGCUGACAAAUUUCGCGCGAUACCGAAACAUGUCCAUGGACUUCCGGGUGGUGCCCACCUCGCCGGCCGACGCGUUCACGUCCCUGGUCGACCAGCUCAGGGUGGAGCAGCUGGUCUCGGACGGGACCGAGGCGCUCGUCGUCAACUGCCACAUGCUGCUGCACACCGUCCCGGACGAGACGGCGGGGUCAGUCAGCCUGGCGCAGCCGGUCUCGCUCCGGACCAUGCUCCUCAAGUCCCUCCGGACGCUCGACCCGGCCCUGGUCGUGGUGGUGGAAGAGGACGCCGACUUCACGGCGUGCGAUGUGGUGGGAAGGCUGCGCGCGGCAUUCAACUUCAUGUGGAUCCCGUACGACGCCGUGGACACGUUCCUGCCCAAGGGGAGCGAGCUGCGGCGGUGGUACGAGGCGGAGGUGGGUUGGAAGGUGGAGAACGUGCUGGCGCAGGAGGGAGUGGAGAGGGUGGAGCGGCAGGAGGACAGGGGCAGGUGGGGCCAAAGGAUGCGCAGCGCGGGGUUCCGUGCCGUGGCGUUCGGGGACGAGGCGGUAGGGGAGGUGAAGGCGAUGUUGAACGAGCACGCGGCCGGGUGGGGGAUGAAGCGCGAGGACGACGAUCUCGUGCUCACAUGGAAGGGGCACAACGUCGUGUUCGCGUCGGCGUGGGCGCCGUCCUGAGUUCGUCGGGUGUGACAUAUUCAGUUCAGAAAG